AUGGAUAGCGAAACAUUUAUGUAUAUUGAAGCUGGUUCGGAGUGGGCAUCCUCAGCAUUUCAUGCAGAAUCAAAAGCUUUACUAAAGGUAUCUUCAUGGUUAAGUAAAAAUAUAUUAUCCACUGUCUCAGUAGUAAUGGACUGCAAAACUUUGGCGGAGACGAUCAACAAGUCUUGCAAAGAUUCUCCUUGGACUGCGGAUAAUACCAUACAAGAAGUGAACUCAAUAAUGAAGAAACUUCCGCAAGCCCAGGCACCUACAACAGCACCAGUAGCUUCACCAACAAAGUCGCCACCACCACCAGCUCCAACUGUAAUAGCACCAACUCCAGCACCAAUAGCCACCACAACUCCAACACCAACUUUAUCUCCAGCUUCAUCACCAGGUCCAUCUAUUGCAUUACCUUCAUCACCACCAGCUCCACCAACUGGUGCUCCAGCUACAACCCCAGGUGGUUCUCCUGUUGGACUUAGUCCACUUGCUAAUUCUCCAGCUGGAUCUACAGCUGAUAAUAAGAAUGGUGCUGUAAGAGUUUCAUCUAUUGUUGGAUCUGGUUUUGUUGGUGUAAUUGUUACUUCAUUUAUGUUCUUGUAG